AUGCCACCCAAGGGAUCGCUUCGAGGUCGCACGCAGCAUAGAGAAGCUGACAAGGAGCCAGAAACGCCGUUCCACCCUACCGCGGAUGCAGCCACGUUUCGCGAUCUGCUCAUCUUUGAAGAACGGCUCAAACAGAAUGCGGCUCGAUUGCAGGCGCGAAAGCGCAAGUACGAAAUGCUGCUGUUUGGCUUUAUCAGCUUUAUCGUGUGUCUGUCGCACUUUGUGGUGAUCUCUCCGCGAUCGUCCGUGUUUCUGCAGUACAGUCUAGCUGGUGUGCUUAUGAUCUGUCUGACGACGCUGUUUCUGUUUUUUGCCAGUGGCAUGCAUGCCGAGCGCAUUCGGUCGGCGAACAAGUUCGUUCCACAGGCGAACCGCAGUUUGCGUAACUUCAACAUGCAUCUCAACACGCGUAUUCGGAGUGCUGCAAGCUCGUCAACGUCGAGCACGUCGUCCUGGUCGAUACCUCCCGCGCAGAACAGCCGAGGCGAACUCAUCUUUAGUAGUAGCGUCAGUCCAGAGUUUCGCGAAGGAUACGAAAGGUAUCGAGCCGCAUUCGAGCGACGUCGAGCCGAAAAGAUGGCGGCUAAACGAGCACAGUCUUGGAAGCGCUGGCUCGACUACGUGCUUGGCAAGUCGAGCCAUGCAGUUGCCAAACCCAACUCUACUGCAACACGCCGAUCGCUCGAGUCGCGGCCUCGCACAACACGCAGCUCCAAGCCAAAAGCCACGCGGACAACAAGAGCUUCAACCAGAGCCAAUUCCGCCACCACUACCGCUACACCUUGCCAUGUCAGCGGCCAACUAGAAGAUCUGAGCGACACUCUCAGCGAAGCACUCAUCGGCGCACACAGCGAUGGCCUCAGCGAAGGUGUCAGCGACGAACCAAGAUCGCUAUCAGGUCACGAGCCAUCAUAG